UAUAUAAUUGUAUUAUCUAUGCUGCAUUCCACGCUAUGUUGUCAGUUUUGGUGGUGUUUAAUUUUUUUGUAAUUUGGUAAUAAAUACAGUGAAAUAAACUAGUUAUUGUGCUAAAAUACUAAAUUAUUGGCCUUAAAAUGCCUUCCAUCGACGUUUUGAUGCCUCCUGGGCAAACGAUGGACGGUCCUCCAGAGGAGCUGCAAGUGCCCCCGCCACCAGUUAUUGGCAUUAUUUACCCGCCGCCCGAAGUUAGAAGUAGGAUACUCAUAUGAAGUGCUGGAAACCACGUACACCGCCUGGUUACUAGCCUGGUAACCGCAUAAAUGGUUUACGUUACAAUACGAUACAAUACCAUAAUAUACCAAAUAUGGUUGCAGAAAAUACAAAGGGCUAUGUUUCUUCCAGUCAAUAAAUAAGGAUUUGAUAUUGAACUGACUCUUGUUUAGUAAAAUGUAGUGAAGAUGCUCUUAUAAUUUCAUUAUUGUUUAAUAAUGUAUGAGCAUAAGCCAAAAAUACAUAAGCCACAGUAAAUAUAAAUUCUUGUUUACAUUAACAAGAGUGAAAUAUUGUUGACAAGACAGCCAGCUUCGUUGCCCGUAAUGGGCCAGAGUUUGAAGCGAGAAUUAGACAAAAUGAACUCGGAAACCCUAAAUUCAAUUUCCUCAAUUCUGGAGACCCUUAUCAUGCUUACUAUCAGCACAAAGUCAAGGAGAUCAGGGAGGGGAAAGGACCUGAGUCCAUGCCCCCAGCUCCUGGUCUCAUGCCACCACAACAGCGGUCAGGUCUUGCUCCGGCCACUGCGGCGCGACAACAGGAACUCCUUAAGGCAGCUGCUCCGGCCGAACCGCCGCCACCACGCGACCCGCCACCAGACUUUGAGUUCAUCGCCGACCCACCAUCCAUAUCCGCUUUGGAGCUCGAUAUUGUAAAGCUUACAGCGCAGUUUGUGGCCAGGAAUGGUCGUCAGUUUCUAACAGACCUAAUGAAGAAGGAAGAACGUAACCACCAGUUCGAUUUCCUUCGUCCACAACACUCCUUGUUCCAGUACUUCACUCGUUUACUGGAGCAGUAUACGAAAGUGUUACUGCCGCCGAAGGAGUUAGUGUCAAAAUUAGGUGCAGAGGUUCGUAGUGGAAUACUAGAGCAGGCGCGCAGCCGCGCUGCGUGGCACUCCCACCAGUCGCGACGCAAGGCUGCUGACGAAGCGAAGGUCGAGAAAGAACGACUCGCGUACGCUUCCAUCGACUGGCAUGACUUUGUAGUGGUAGAGACUGUGGACUACCCGGCUGGAGAGCCUGGCGACUUCCCGCCGCCAACAACGCCGUUGGAGGUCGGAGCGCGAGUUCUCGCACAAGAGAGGGGCGAAGACAUCUCGCACGCGCCCAACGAGGACGACGACACAGAGAUGCAGCUCGAAUCCGAAUCUGAUUCUGAAUCGGAAGAUGAUUUGGCCGAAAUGGAGGAUAGGACGCAGCAGCAACAGCGACCUGAUGACAAUCGCGUACAGGAUAUGGAAGAAGAGAGCUCGUCCUCGGAUGACGAAGGUCACGACCGCGGAGAGGAGGCGCCGCUGCCGCCGCGACCCGACCGCGUCGUCGUCAAGAAGUACAACCCGAAAGAGGCCAAGCCGCGGCCGUCGCCGGCCAGCGAGGAGUGGCUCGUGUCCCCCAUUACGGGAGAGAAGAUCCCCGCGAACAAAGUGGCGGACCACGUGCGUAUCGGCCUGCUCGACCCGCGCUGGCUGGAGCAGCGCGACCGCGCCACCGCCGAGAGAACUGACCGUGACGAGGCCCUCGCCCCUGGCGCUGCCAUCGAAGCGUCGCUCAAACAGCUCGCAGAGCGUCGUACGGAUAUCUUUGGUGUGGGUGACGAGGAGACUGCGAUCGGUAAGAAGAUUGGCGAGGAAGAGCGGCGCCGCGACGACCGCGUCACGUGGGACGGACACACCUCCUCCGUGGAGGCCGCCACUCGUGCCGCUCGUGCGCAUAUCACGCUCGAGGAUCAGAUACAGCAGAUACACAAGGUCAAAGGUCUCCUUCCUGACGAGGAGAAAGAGAAGAUAGGUCCGAAGCCGGUAUCAGCGCCGUCGGGCCGCGUGCCGGCGGGUCGUGUGCCUCCGCCCCCCGCGCGGGCCCCCGCCCCUGCGCCUGCGCCGGCCCCCACACCCGUGCUGCUGCAGCCACUGCCGCCGCUGAUGGUGAUCCCGCCGCUGGCGCCACGCCCGCCCCUUAUACCUACGCCUGUGGGCGCUGUCGGACCCGUUGGAGCCGUGAACCCGGCGGCGUUUGGUUACGGCGCGGUGGGGGGCCCGGUGCCCCCCGCGGAGGAGGAGGAGGGCCCCGCCGCCAAGCGCGCCCGCACAGACGACUCGCUCGAGCCGGAGACCACGUGGCUUACCAGGCACCCCGGCGCGGUACCUCUACAGGUGGUUCUGCCGUCGUUGCCGGAGCGCGCGGAGUGGCGGUUGGACGGUCGCUCGCUGCCUCUGAGUUUGCCGCUCAGUACCACUGUCGCGGAGGUCAAGAACAUCCUGCAGAGAUCCACCAGCAUGCCCACAGCCAAGCAGAAGUUGCAUUACGAGGGCCUGUUCUUCAAAGAUACCAACACCCUGGCGUACUACAACCUGCCGCCCGGCGCCGUCAUACAACUGCAAGUCAAGGAGCGCGGUGGACGCAAGAAAUAGCAUUAACUUGUUACCUUAUAAGAUCUCUAUUACUAAGAGAUAUUGACAGUAAAUGUGUACUGUAUUUUUCAAUAGAACUUGUUUAAAAGAGAGUAACACUAAAUACCUAUAGUAUAUUUCAAUAAAAUUUUGUUACUAGUAAAUUCAAUAUUUUGCUGUGACAUUUGUCUUUCAACAUGAUUGGAAAACCUAGCCAACCUUACACAAACCUAGGUAAAUAAUAAUAAAUAUUCUAGACUUUUCUUAUUUUUCAACUUCAAAUGAAAUUAUGGUGCAAAUUGGUGUAGAAAAAAUGUAAUAUGCUGAAUAAAUGAUAGCUAUAUCUA